UCGGGACCACACACAGCUAGAGAAGAGGAGUGAGAAAGGGGGAGAGAAAACACAGAUAUUGGCUGCUGAGGAUGCACUGGCAGGCAAGAAGUUCUCCCCAUGACCACAGCUAGGUUGACAGUGGGAUGGAUGGAGUGACGGAGCUGCCUUGAGCCAUGAAAGCAGGAGGUGACAUGAAGACUGCUAGAAAGACUGUGUGUGUUUUUGUGCUGCUCACCAUCACCAAGGCCAUGAUAACAGCAGGGAACUACAGAUUGUCAGCAACAGUAGGUAACAGCUCCGUGUUCACUUGCCCUCAGAAAUCAAAUAUAACUAUGGUAACAUGGAAAAUAAGUCCCAAGGUUGGAGGACCCUGCACCCUGGGAUACAGGGCUGAUCAGAACAAGACAGACAGAACAAACUGCAGUGACAGCAUGAACUGGAAAUUCAGACCAGAUCGGGAUCCUACCCUCGAGAUACGGCAAGUGAAAAUAGCCCAUGAGGGAAAUUACACCUGUGAAGUAGUAGCACCAGAAGGGAAUUUCCACGAGACACACCACCUGACUGUGCUGGUCCCUCCCAAGCCAACCCUGUCCUGUGAUGACCAAGGGAACCCCGUGUGCCAAGCAGCAGCAGGGAAACCGGCUGCCCAGAUCUCGUGGGUCCGAGAGAGCAACUCCACCCCCAAUGAAGAAGGCCAUGACGAUGGGACAGUGACUGUUUUGAGCAAGUUCACAGCACACAGCACCAAAGUGACUAAUGCAACCUGCAUUGUGUCCCACCCAGCUGGGAACUGGAGUGCGUCCAUAGCCUGUCCUCCACGUAAGCUCCUCUUUGUGCAUUCAGCAUUCAAAAUCAUGAACUACACAUGA